AGAAGUUGGAAUAGAGAGAGGGAGUGAGGGGAACAUUCACGUAGGGAAAGCCAAUCGAUCCCUUGCGCGCUCGCUCCGAUCCACACACACCUCUUUACUCCAUUCUCUCUCUCUCUCUCUCUUCCUUCUUCACUCCCAUUGAGGUGCUUCACCUAUAUCUCUAAUGGAUCUCUGGAACGGUUAACCGAUUGUGCCAAACGCGUUUUGAAGGACAUUGUGACCAUGCCUCGUAAAGUAAACUAUGGACUCGAUUACUACGACGAUGACUAUGAUGACUAUGACGACUAUGAUUAUGAUGUUGACGCAGAAGACUAUGCUGGAGGACAGGAUACAAAACAAGAGACCAUUAAGCCCGGGGUUUGGCAAUGCCCCAUUUGCACUUAUGACAAUGAUGAGAGUAUGACUAUGUGCGAUAUUUGUGGUGUUUUACGUCGUUCCAUGCUUAACACUGGAACUUCCAACAGUAACAAAAUAGGUGCAUUUUUAGGAUUGAAUUUUUCAUUCGACUUGUGAAUUUAUCACAUGUUUGGGAGGUUUCCUUUACUAAAAGGGGAAACAGAUCUGCAUGAGGUCCAGUUUAGAUCCAAAGGGUGCAAAGUUUGCAAAUUAUCUUUACACUUUAUUUUUCAUUAAAAUAAGUGAUCCACGUGCUGAGGAUCCACUGAAAGGAAGUGCCAGAGCAGAUACCUGUUUAAUUUUGCCAAUCCAAGUAGCCAUUCCCAUCUAUUAUGAAUACACUCUGUAUUUUUCAGAAGUUUAGUUGAAGACACAAGCAACAGUCCUGGAGCAUCCAAGUUGGCCAGGUCUCUUUUUCAAUCAUUGCCACCACAGACUUCCAAAGAGGUUGUAUUAUUUCCAAAGCAGGGUGAUGGUUUUCAGACAGAUGGCAGUAACUUCGACAAGCUUGAGAAUGUCCGAGGAGAAUUUCAUGAAAUUCACAAGACUUUUAGUACUCAAAGCCAUCCCCAUCUAACCAUAGGUCUUCACAAGUUUUGAUUCAGGAUGUGCAUGUGAAGAGUUAGAAUAGUUUCUUCUAAACUUGACAUUUGAGUGUUAUGCAACAGUGAUUAGAACAAAAGAUCUUUUUAGUUGAAGAUCAGAGUAUGUUUAAUGUUAUGCCAAGAUUUAGUUCUUGCAAGUUGCAAAUUCUUGCACAUGAGAGCAUAUUACGUAUUUAUUCUUUUCUAAAUAAUAGAUAUAAAACCAUGUUUUUCUUUCUAUACAGAUCCUUUCAAGUUUGAUGUUCCAUCCCCUGAUGAUGUGGUUUAUACUGGCCUGCAUUCAUCCAAAAUGGGUUCGAAAGACAAAGUUAUGAACACUAAAACUUCUCAGCUUUCCUCAAACAUCAGAGAGAAGAAUGAACUUCCUGUACAGUCAAAUGUUGAAAGUUUAGACAACUUAUCAUCCUUAAUGCGAAAGAGCAGGCAGGAUAGUUCGGCUGAGAACAUGCUUUCCAAAAAUGUAGCAAUUGAUCUGCAGACAAGGGGUAAAACUUCAAAGAGCUUGCCAGAAUCUUUGCCAAAGGACAAAGGUCACAAUAUUAAUAAGAUAAAUUCUUCUAAAAAUGGUACAAUUGAUAUUCAAUCAAGCAAAAAAAGUGAUACGGUUAGUCCCUCUUCUAUCAAAGAUGGAAAACCUGAAAGUUCUUCAAGCAGUAUCGACAACAUGGUUCUCGAUGUGAGAUCUGGAACUUCAGAAAAUACUAAUGCUAAGGGACAUCGUUCACAAGUUUCAUAUAAGCUAGAAAAAUGGAUGCUCCCUCAACAAGCUGAAGAUACAUUGACUCAGCUGAAUCUUGCAAUUGUUGGCCAUGUUGAUUCUGGAAAAUCAACUCUAUCUGGCAGGUUACUACACCUACUGGGACGGAUUUCCCAGAAAGAGAUGCACAAAUAUGAAAAGGAGGCCAAAUUACAGGGCAAGGGAUCCUUUGCUUAUGCUUGGGCACUUGAUGAAAGUUCUGAAGAAAGGGAACGGGGAAUAACUAUGACAGUGGCUGUUGCAUAUUUUGACACUAAGAAAUAUCAUGUUGUUGUGCUAGACUCCCCUGGCCAUAAAGAUUUUGUCCCAAACAUGAUUUCUGGGGCAACACAAGCUGAUGCUGCAAUUCUUGUUAUAGAUGCCUCACUUGGUUCAUUUGAAGCUGGUAUGGAUGGCAGCAAAGGUCAAACAAGGGAGCAUGCACAAUUAAUCAGAAGCUUUGGUGUUGACCAGGUUAUAGUUGCAGUAAAUAAGAUGGAUGCUGUGGCAUACUCCAAAGAUCGAUUUGAUUUUAUAAGGCAGCAGCUAGGAGUUUUUCUUCGCUCAUGUGGGUUCAAAGAUUCUUCUCUGUCAUGGAUUCCCAUGAGUGCCAUGGAAAAUCAAAAUUUGGUGGCAUCCCCUUCUGAUGCUCAUUUCAAAAGCUGGUGUAGUGGACCUUAUCUGUUAGAUGCAAUUGACUCUCUCCAACCUCCUACCAGAGAAUUCUCAAAACCACUACUAAUGCCAAUAUGUGAUGUCAUCAAAUCAACUACACUUGGACAGGUGUCUGCUUGUGGUAAGCUGGAAGCAGGAGCUCUUCGAAGUGGAUCAAAGGUCUUAGUUAUGCCUUCAGCUGUUGUGGGAACAGUACGCUCUUUGGAGCGUGACUCUAAUUCAUGCACCGUUGCAAGAGCUGGAGAUAAUGUAGCUGUAACACUGCAAGGUGUUGAUGGAAGUCAUGUAAUGGCAGGAGGUGUACUAUGCCAUCCUGACUUUCCUGUUGUAGUUGCUAAGCAUUUGGAGUUGAAAGUGCUAGUCCUGGAUGGUGCAAGUCCCAUAUUGGUGGGCGCUCAGUUAGAGUUUCAUAUACACCAUGCUAAGGAACCUGCAAAAGUUUCAAGAAUAUUAUCAGUACUUGAUCCCAAGACUGGUAAGGUGACCAAAAAAUCGCCUCGUUGUCUCACUGCAAAGCAAAGUGCAGUAAUAGAGGUGAUUUUACUUGAGCCGGUCUGUGUGGUAGAGUUCUCUAGUUGUAAAGCUCUUGGAAGGGUGUCCCUGAGAUCAUUGGGAAGAACAAUCGCUGUUGGACUUGUGACGAGAGUAAUUGAAGAACAAGGUUAAUUUAUGAUAUUCAUCAAACAAGAAUAAAUGAUGACAAGGAGAGGUUCACAACAUACCAUGUAUGCUGUUUUAGUAAACAUCUUUGUUUGCCAUCCUACUAUAGAUUAAGUUACGCCGGCAGACAACGGGCACCUAUGCGACUCGGGUUGAGGUUCACGGGUCAGUAUGUGAAUUAUGUAAGAAUGGUGAAGAUUUUUUGCAUAUUUUUCACCAUAUAUGUAUCAUACGAGAGAUUCCUUUUCAAUAGAUCUGGACGAAUGUACCACAGCAAUCUAGUCGGAUGAAGAGACGGAAAUGUUUGUAUGCGUCGGAUGCGAUUGUUUUUAUUUUUUAGCCUAUUCUUCAGUAUAGAUUGAUCUACAUAUCUGUUGUCUUGUUCAAAUUUUGGUCCAUGAAAAACUCCUGGUAUUGUCCUUGGGAAAGGCAUUUUCUUUUCUACUGCAGUCUCUUUCUUUUUGGGUCCUUACUAUGGUCUCUUGGUUUUUUGUUUUUGGUCACGAGUGUGGUCUAUUUUGUUUUGUUUUUUUUUUUUUGGUCAACCAACUGACUAUCUUGGUUAAUUAAUGUGGUGUGAGAUAAAAUUGGUAAGUGGAUCCGAGAUUGACGUCGAAUUGGACCAAAUAAUGUUUUUUGUUGGCUUUGGAUGCACCUGUAGACCUACUACCUACUGCCUUAAGGUAUGUUUAUGAGUGAAAUUCUAUAGGUAAAAGGAAAAGAAAUAUUUUUAAAUUUUUAAGUGAAUUAUAGUAUGUAUAAAAAUAAACAAGUGGUUGUCAUUAAUUUUAUACAAAUCUAUUAUGUUUUUUCAUUUUUAAUAAUUAUCAAAUUAAAAAAAUUAUUAGAAAUGGAAAUUUUAUUGCUCUUUCCUUUUCCUUUUAUAACUCAAACUUUGAAACAUAUCUAUUUCAGCUUUCGAGCAGCUUAUUUACAGGGCCUAAGAGGGUGAGAGCAAAGGAAAAUUAGGACUGAUUGCUUGUGUUAGAAAGCGUGUGGUAUAAGCAUUCUUUUAUUUUUAUUUUGUCUUACUUCUUACUAGUCCAGUCUUGGAUAAUGAUGAAACAAAGAAUACUUGACUUGUAUGCAUCUGGAGUAAAUUACGUCCAAGUCCUUACGUGUAACCUUGAACUUCGAGUUGCUUUGCCAAGUUCACAAUCCAUGUGUAGUUUCCUCCUUUAUAUAUACCUAAAAAUCUAAAAUUGCUUUUGAAGAAAAGACAACCCAUAAGGCCAUAACAAGGCCAGUUAAGCAUGUAUCGUGCAAUUGCACCCUUCAUUCGAUUGAUUAUGAUGAUGUGAAAUGAUAUAUCCUCAAAUCAGGCAACGUUUUUGGACAUUCUCUGAUUAGUUAUGUGUACCCAAGACAGUUACUAUACACGCAUUAACAAACGGUGUAAUAACUAACCAAUUACUCAAAGGUAUUGAAUCUACUAAAAUAAGCAAUGGCAUAACAGAGAUAGCUCUUUGAAAUAUCCAUACCACACCAUAUGUGACCUUCCCGGGAACCCACUUAAUUAUCAACUCAAAAUAUCUAAUUGCCAGCUUAUUUCCUUCCAAUGCUUUAAUCGGUGCAUGAAAAGUUCUAGUACACUAAAAGAUCAUGGGCUCUCGCACUUAUAUAAACUCCAUUACCAACAUCAAGACCCCAACAUUAUUAGAGAGACUUCAAUCUUUUCACACUAAAGCAUAAGAUAUUUAAGCAAAUAUGACAAUCCGAACCUAUGCUGGAAUUUCAGCUUUGUUGCUGGCUUCUCUCUUGAUGAGUCUCAUUGGAGUCAUUGGUGAGGGUAAUUUCUAUAAAGAUAUUGACAUCACUUGGGGUGAACAUGGUAGUGUAAAAAUACUAAGAAGCAACUUUCUCGUUCUUUCUCUUGACCAGUCCUCUGGCUCUGGCUUUCGGUCCAAGGAACAAUAUCUAUUUGGUAGAAUAGACAUGCAGCUUAAGCUUGUCUCUGGUAACUCUGCUGGCACAGUCACUGCAUAUUAUGUGAGAAAGCCUCUCUUUAUGUCUCAUGUUUAACUUAAUUGUUUUUACAAUUGAUACCGUUCAUAUAUAUCGUAUGAUCAAUUUUUGUACACACUAAACUAACCAACAUUAAAUAACUACACAGAUCUUAUGUCACAAAUAUUUUAUAUUUUAAAGAGUGAUAAGGCAUGAUCAAUUGUUGAUUGGAUUAGGCAUAAGAAUUGGUCGUAUUUUAUAACUUUUAUGGUGCUUUAAUUUGCGUCAUGGUGCAGUUAUCUUCUGAAGGUCCAAAUCAUGAUGAGAUAGAUUUUGAGUUCUUGGGAAACCUCAGUGGAGAGCCCUACAUGGUCCAUACCAAUAUUUACACCCAAGGCGUAGGGAAUAGAGAACAACAGUUCUAUCUUUGGUUCGACCCUACCAAAAGUUUCCACACCUAUACUAUUGUAUGGAACCCUCAACGCAUCAUGUAUGAAACAUUGUCAAUUAAUAUUCUAUUUUCAUUUUAAUACAACGGUUUAGUUAACAUUAGUCUUUAAGAUUGAUUUUAAACAUUAUUAAAAAAAGUAUCUAUUAACAUAAAAAAAAAAAUAUUAAAAGUGUAAUAAACACUUUUUUCCAAUAACACUUUAAAAGUUACCUCUUGUAUACACCUAGAAUCAGCCCUUAAGAUUGACAUUAGUAUUAUCCUUAGUUAAAAACAAAUCAUGGAACUCUCUGCGUUCCAUUUGUAAUUUAUAACUACUUCAUUGAUGCUAUAUGUUUCAAUAUUUUGGCUAGUUUCAUGGUAGAUAACAUCCCUAUUAGAGUCUUCAACAACUAUGAAGCCAGGGGAGUUCCAUUUGCUAGCAGCCAGCCCAUGAGGCUAUAUUCCAGUCUAUGGUGUGCAGAGCAGUGGGCAACAAGAGGAGGGCUGGUCAAAACCAGUUGGUCUUUUGCUCCUUUCAAAGCUUACUUCAACAACUUUGAUGCUAAAGCCUGUGUUUGGUCCAAAGGUUCAUCCUCUUGUCCUUCAAAUUCAGCUUCCAGGAUUGAUAAUACUUGGCAACCUCAAGAUUUGGAUGCUAAUGAUGGAAGGAGUCUUAGAUGGGUGCAAAAGUAUUACAUGAUUUAUAACUACUGCAAAGAUUACAAGCGAUUUCCCCAGGGACGACCUCGUGAAUGCAGGCGCUCUAGAUUCUCUUGAAUUGAGUUUGGGAUUAGUAAAAAUGUAAAAUUAAUUUGAUUUAUUAUUUUCUAUUUGUGUAGUUGGAAAUCCACUCUAAUAUGGUUGAAUUUCAGUGAGGUCAAUUUAACUUGCUUGAACUGAUAAUUUUAUCUUUAUUUAUUUACUUAUUUAACCUGUUUUAAUUGAAGUGGAAUGAGGCUUAAUAGUUAUUAUUAUUAACCUAUUCUAAUUGAAGGUGAGAAUGUAAAAUCGUCAAGCAAAGCGAUCUCUUAAUUUUAAAGGUGUUCUAAGCAUGCGAUUUGAUUUACAAGACACUUUAAAUCUACUUUUGCAAAAAUGUUCCACACUUAUGAACAAAUCAACCCAAUUCCAAACAUGAGAUUUAUUACUUUUAUUAAAUGAAAUAUUUCUAGCGUUUUAAAAGAGAAGCGAUAUAGCAAUGCAAUGCUCAAACUCCAUAAAUGGGCCAAGAAAACUACCAAGAUAUGAAAAAUAUUCCUCAAUUGUGCUACUUAGCAAACCAACCAUGGUGCUAUUUUUGUAAUUCUGGAAGCAUUUAAAUUAAUAAAAAAAAAAAAACAGGAAACCAAAACGCAUGUAAAGUAAGAAAAGUUCAAACGGUCACUAUUUAUAGCAAAUUUAUGUUUGUUACAGGCCCCACUUAAGAUCUAG